AGUAAGGCAAUUAGAGACAUAUGCAGUUCCGAAACUCUGCUUCAUUCCGGCAGCCGAUGCCCUAUUUGCAGCGGGUACCGAGAAUGCGUCAGCAGCAUUUCUGACCGCUUUUCUUGGCUCACCUGAAGACGUACAAUUUUCCCACGAUCAGGUGAGUAGUCAGCACGAUACUGUUGAAUUUCCCUUUGACCUGCUACGGGCAGUUGGCCAAAUGGCCGACAGAUUGCCUCGAGGACAAGAAGACUCUCUUUCACCCUCAAAGCCGCUCUGGGACCGGUCAGUCCGGGGCAGAGCUACAGGGGACGGCCCCGUCUGA